AGAAAGACAGAACUGUAUUUAAUGCAAUGGCCUGAUGUUGUUGAUUUCAGCAAGUUUGAAGUGUCUGCUGCUACAUUUGGAGGGCCCAUUGCCCUGUUAUUGAAACCAUCUACUGCUAACAACAAGCCAAUCAUUUUCAUUUUGUCAUCUUCUGGCAAGGAAUUAGGACUAAUUAGAUGGAACAGUGGAAGUCUUUUAAAGGUGGGUUGGUCGUUAAAAGAGGAACUCUUAUGCAUUCAAGACGACGGAAAUGUUCUAAUAUACGAUAUCUUUGGUAACUUUGUGAGGAAUUUCACAAUGGGAAAGGAUGCAAGCAAUGUGAAGGUCACAGAUGCCCAGAUAUUCAUCACUGCUUCAUCAUCUAUCGGUGUAGUUGUUCUAACGGCAUCUUUCCGAUUCUACAUGGUCACUAAUAUUUACGACGCCAGAGUCAGGCAGCUGCCAGAUUUUCCAGGAUGCGAUCUCCCACCAUCAUCGUGGUGCAUUCUGAAUCGCGCCCUGACGCCCCAAAUUCUCAUUGCCAGAAAUUCUGACCUAUAUCUCUUGGAUAUGACUGGUUCUUGCGAGAAACAGCAAAUCGACAGCUCGUUACAUCCGGCGGCCAUCUUGGAGAUGUGCUUGUCCUGGGACAACAAAUACUUAGCGAUGUUUCUCAGUUCCGGUACUCUAUGGAUCGGAUCGUCUGAUUUGAAAAAUACCUACUGUAAAUAUGCCACUGAUAAUUAUUCUAGGCCUAAACAACUGGCUUGGUGUGGGACUGGAGCUGUCUUGAUGAACAGACCAAUGUUCCUCUUGCUAGUCGGUCCGAAUAUGGAUGACGUCAGGUAUGAUUAUGACUCACCUGUGCACUUGAUCCAGGAGAGAGAUGGAGUGAGAGUGUUGAGUGUGUAUUCGCAUGAAUUUAUUCAAAAAGUUCCGAAAGAGUUAGAAGACGUAUUCAAGAUAGGGUCAGUAGAGCCAAGUGCGGUCCUGUUCGAAUCUGCCAAGUUCUUCAUCGAAGGUAAGAAGGAGGCGCAUGAAUAUUUGAAGUUGAUAGGGAAUGAUUUGUUGCACGCUGUACAAGGCUGCCUCGUUGCUAGUGGUUAUGAAUUUGAUGUCAAGAAUCAGAAAGCUUUGUUGAAGGCAUCAUCAUUCGGCAAAUGUUUCUUGAAAGAUUACGACAGCAAGCCGUUUAUACAGAUGUGUAGAAUGUUGAGAGUUCUCAACGAGUUGAAAUCCAAAGAUGUCGGCAUUCCAUUGACGCUGCUUCAAUUAAACCAGCUAACAAUGGAAAACGUAAUAAAGAGGUUACUGUUGAGGAAGUUGUACUGGGUUGCCUAUGAAAUGAGUAGAUACAUAAAGUUGAAUGACAAGAAUGGCACCCACCUUGUGCUGUCUGUUUGGGCAUGCGAUAAGGUUGGUGGUAUUGACGUUACGGGGUUUGUUUCUCAACAACAUCAACAGCAACAACCGAUUUCGUAUAGAGAUAUCAUUGAUAAGGCUAUUGCACAUAACAGAAUUGAUCUUGCUCUUAAGCUGAUCAGCAGAGAAGUGAGAGUCUGCGAACAAGUACCGUUGCUAUUGAAGUUGAACAGGGAAGCUGAUGCACUGAAUGCUGCCAUCAAGAGCGGCGAUACUGAUCUCAUAUUUUUAGUUGUCUUUCAAUGGAAGGAUAAGUUGGCUCAUGGGGAAUUUUUGAGGUCCAUAAGAUUAUUUCCUGUUGCGUUUCAACUCUACCUACAACACUGCAGAGAGCAGAACGUGGAGAUGCUGCUGGACAUUCAUUACCAGGAGGACAACCACGCCGAUGAGGCCGUCUGCAGGAUCAUGCUCAGUUAUGACGAUGAUAAAUUUGAACGAAGGCUUGGUUCCCUCAUAGCAGCACAGGAAGCAUCAGUGAAAGCGAAGAACGAUUUUCUUGCAAAGCUGAUAGAAGACCAGAUAAAACUACUGAAACUUCAAAGACGUUUGGAGGAAGAGAUGAAUCUUCCAUUCAUUGAUCUCUCCAUCGAUGAUACCAUUGGUCAACUCAUUGGUAAGGAGGAACACAAGCGCGUUGAACAGAUGAGGAAAGAUUUCAAAUUAAGUGACAAAAGAUUUUGGUGGCUAAAGAUUCAAAAGUUGGCCGAAUUGGGUCAGUGGUUAGAACUGGAUAAAUUUUCGAAAAGUAAAAAGUCUCCCAUUGGCUACGAGCCAUUUGUUGAUGUUUGUAUCAAGUACAAUAACGUGAACGAGGGUAAAAAUUAUUUAUCUAAAGUCCUACCGGAACAUCUGGUCAUGUAUCAUAUCAAAUUAGGGCUAUUAGAGCAGGCAGGUGAUCUGGCAAUACAGACAAAAAAUGAAGAUGACGUCGAUUUGGUCCUGUCUAAAUGUUCAGCGACAUCAAAUCGAGAACUUUACAAUAAAUUAAUGACAUUUCAAUCACAGCUAAAACGCUAAUUUUUUUAAAAAACUUUUUAAUGCCACAUCAUGUCUUUCUUUUUUCGAUUUUGCUUAAUUGUGUAAUUACGUUGUAUUUAUUUGUUUGUUUCGUUCAUCAAACAUAUUUUAGUUUCAAAUCAACUGAAUUUUAUUCUGUAAUAUUCUUAGACAAACAGCAAAAAAAUAAUGGUUGUGCGAGAUUUUAAAUACUAAAUAUAUGACAUAAU